UUGAGUUGAGCUGGAGCUAGAGAGACAGCCCUAAAACAAAAAAGGCAGAGCAAGAGCACAAGCAGCAGUCCCACUUCCCAGCACCAGCAAAUCUGCAGGAGCCAGGACUGAGAGGUAACGGGUGUCUGUUGUCUGCAGACUCAGGAAAAGAGAAGCACAGUGGUUCACAUUCCAAAAGUUUUCUUCACAACUCCAUAGCACCAUAAAGAAGACACUCAGAAAUCUUUUCUCAAUGAUUCUAUAGUCAACGGAUGUAACAAUGGUACUAAUACUGGGCCGCAGACUGAAUAGAGAGGAUAGCGGGGUCCGUGAUUCCCCUGCAACCAAACGUAAAGUUUUUGAAAUGGACCCAAAGUCCUUAUCAGGUCAUGAGUUUUUUGACUUCUCUUCAGGAUCAUCCCAUGCUGAAAGCAUACUCCAGAUCUUCAAUGAGUUUAGAGACAGCCGCUUGUUCACAGAUGUAAUUAUCUGUGUGGAAGGAAGAGAGUUUCCCUGUCAUCGAGCUGUUCUCUCGGCCUGCAGUAGCUACUUCAGAGCUAUGUUUUGCAAUGAUCACAGAGAAAGCAGAGAAAUGUUGGUGGAGAUCAAUGGCAUUUUUGCUGAAGCUAUGGAUUGCUUUUUACAGUACGUGUACACUGGCAAGGUGAAAAUCACUACAGAGAAUGUGCAAUAUAUCUUUGAAACAUCAAGUCUCUUUCAAAUUAGUGUUCUGCGUGAUGCUUGUGCCAAGUUCCUGGAAGAGCAACUGGAUCCUUGUAACUGCCUGGGAAUCCAGCGUUUUGCUGAUACACACUCACUAAAGACACUCUUCACCAAAUGCAGAAAUUUUGCACUGCAGACAUUCGAGGAUGUUUCUCAGCAUGAAGAAUUUCUUGAGCUUGGGAAAGAUGAGCUCAUUGAUUAUAUUUGCAGUGAUGAGUUGGUGAUCAGUAAAGAAGAGAUGGUUUUUGAAGCAGUUAUGCGCUGGGUUUACCGUGCUGUUGAUCUGAGAAGACCAGUGUUACAGGAACUUCUAACACAUGUGAGACUCCCUUUAUUACAUCCUAACUAUUUUGUACAGACAGUGGAAGUGGAACAGCUGAUUCAGAAUUCUCCAGAGUGUUAUCAGCUGCUGCAUGAAGCAAGAAGAUACCACAUACUUGGAAAUGAAAUGAUGUCCCCAAGAACUAGACCACGCAGAUCAACUGGUUAUUCUGAGGUGAUAGUUAUUGUCGGAGGCUGUGAACGAGUUGGGGGGUUUAAUCUGCCAUACACUGAAUGCUACGAUCCUGUGACAGGAGAAUGGAAGUCACUGGCUAAGCUCCCAGAAUUUACCAAGUCUGAAUAUGCAGUGUGUGCUUUACGGAACGAUAUUCUUGUUUCAGGUGGAAGAAUUAACAGCCGUGAUGUGUGGAUUUAUAACUCUCAGCUUAACAUUUGGAUCAGAGUUGCUUCCCUAAACAAAGGCAGAUGGCGUCAUAAAAUGGCUGUCCUUCUUGGUAAAGUGUAUGUAGUUGGAGGGUAUGAUGGGCAAAGUCGACUCAGCAGUGUAGAAUGUUACGAUUCAUUUUCCAAUCGAUGGACAGAGGUAGCUCCACUUAAAGAAGCAGUGAGUUCUCCAGCAAUAACCAGCUGUGUAGGCAAAUUGUUUGUGAUUGGUGGAGGUCCUGAUGACAACACGUGCUCUGACAAGGUUCAAUCAUAUGAUCCCGAUACUAAUUCUUGGUUGCUCCGUGCAACUAUCCCCAUUGCAAAGAGAUGCAUAACAGCUGUAUCUCUAAACAAUCUAAUCUAUGUCGCGGGAGGGCUCACCAAGGCAAUUUACUGCUAUGAUCCAGUUGAGGAUUAUUGGAUGCAUGUACAGAAUACAUUCAGCAGACAGGAAAACUGUGGCAUGUCUGUGUGUAACGGCAAAAUCUAUAUCCUUGGUGGAAGACGAGAAAAUGGAGAAGCCACAGACACUAUUCUUUGUUAUGAUCCUGCAACAGGCAUCAUCACGGGAGUAGCAGCCAUGCCCAGGCCAGUAUCGUAUCAUGGCUGUGUGACUAUUCAUAGAUACAAUGAAAAAGGCUUUAAACUGUAAAGAAAGGAAAUCUUAAGAAAGAAUGCAGUGCCUUGGUACAGGACAGAAUUUCAAAGAUUCAUAAAAUGGGAAACUGACUUUUCCCUCAGUGCCAUAUGAAACUAAAUAUCCAUGUGCCUUUUAAAACAAAAUGUUUUCAAUUAAUUAAAAGGUAAAAAAAAAUCUACAAACAUAUCCAGGACCCGUUCAGCCAUUUCUGGCAUGAUAGCAGUGAACUAAUAUUUACAUAGUUUUCCCCUUCUUUGUGAUCAGUAAUUAAAAUUUGGGAUGUUGUGUAGGGAAUGUGCCUUCACAAAUAGCUGUGCCUAUAUCUUAAGGACUGAUGUCUGUAUUAUUUUUUCAGUUAUUUCAGAGUCGGUUAAUUGAAAAUAUUUAACCAAAUCGACCUACAAAAAAUGUGUUGGUUUAAAAGAGUGCAUAUCAUUCUGAUUAACAGACAUGAUGCAGUGUUGUUGUAGCCAUGCUGGUCCCAGGAUAUUAGGGAGACAGAGUGGGUGAGGGUAAUAUCUUUUA